GACUUAGGGGAAAACACGGAGAGGAAGGCACGGGCGGCUGCGGGCGCAGGGACCAGCCGCGCUCAGGGGGCAGCGGCCGGGGCCGGGCUGCCCUCCCGGCCCCGCACCGGCCCCCGGCAAGCAGGGCGGCAAGAACGGAGGUCGCGGCCCCGCUCCCCUUCCCCCGGGCGGCCCCUCGGGGGCGGGCGAUGCCCACGGCCGGACCCCCGGCCGCCCUCCCGCCCCCGGGGACCGCCCGUCCCCGGCCGGGCCCGGGCCGGGUCCCGGCGCGCCCCGCCGGCCUCUCCCCGGCGGCAGCGCCGCAUGCGCGGGCGGGGGGGAAGAGAGGAAGCGGGAGAGCACCAGAUUCAAAUCGCUGCUUUGGAGGGAGGGGAGAGAACUGGGGGAAGGAGACAGCCCGCGGGGAGUGGAGCGGUGCGGAGGAGGGAGGAGGAGAGAGUGGGAGGGGAGUGUGGAAGGGGAGUGUGGAAGACUCCAAGGGAACGCGGCAGAAGCCGGGAGAGGCGGCACGGCGGACGGCCGGGGUAGGCAGGGGUGUCAGGGGAAGGACAGGGCGCUUUGGGCACCCACGGCCGCAGCGCGGGGCACCCGGCCCGGCUCGCCCGCCCGCCCGCCGCGCUCCUCGCCUGCCGCCGGCACCAUGGUGGACAGGGGCCCAUUGCUGACCUCGGCCAUCAUCUUCUACCUGUCCAUCGGGGCGGCGAUCUUCGAGGUGCUGGAGGAGCCCCACUGGCGCUCGGCUACCGACAACUAUAAGCGGCAGAAGACGGAGCUGCUCAAGCAGUUCCCUUGCCUGGGCCAAGAGGGGCUGGACAGGAUCCUGCAGGUUGUGUCAGAUGCUGCUGGACAGGGGGUUGCCAUCACUGGGAACAAUACCUUCAACAACUGGAAUUGGCCGAACGCUGUGAUCUUUGCUGCUACUGUGAUCACUACAAUCGGUUAUGGAAAUGUUUCCCCAAAGACACAUGCUGGGCGUCUCUUCUGCAUAUUUUAUGGGCUUUUUGGAGUCCCUCUCUGCUUGACGUGGAUCAGUGCUCUGGGGAAGUUCUUUGGAGGACGUGCCAAGAGGCUGGGCCAGUUUCUGACAAAAAGAGGAGUAAGCUUGAGGAAAGCCCAAAUUACAUGCACAGCUAUAUUCAUUGUUUGGGGUGUCUUGGUUCAUCUGGUUAUUCCUCCCUUUGUCUUCAUGAUGACUGAAGGAUGGAAUUACAUUGAAGGCCUCUAUUUCUCAUUCAUCACUAUCACCACCAUAGGAUUUGGAGAUUUUGUUGCUGGUGUAAAUCCAGAUGCAAACUAUCAUGCGCUUUACCGAUACUUUGUGGAGUUAUGGAUCUAUCUGGGACUAGCUUGGCUCUCACUCUUUGUUAACUGGAAGGUCAGUAUGUUUGUGGAAGUCCACAAAGCAAUCAAGAAACGGAGGAAAAAAAGAAAAGAGUCAUUUGAGAACCAUCCUCGGUCUAAAAAACCCCUUCAAAUGGGUACCUCCAAGGAUGUCAACAUUUUCAGCUUUCUUUCAAAGAAGGAAGAGACCUACAACGACCUUAUAAAGCAAAUUGGGAAAAAAGCCCUGAAGACAAGCAAUGACAAAAUGAUUAUAGUGGAAAAUGCCAAACAAAUGAACGCCAGUAUAGAUGUUCAGGUGACUUACACAAAGACAGAGUCAUUUGAGUAUGAUGAGGCUUCCCUGGAUGUUCAGAAUGGUCAUGUACUGAGACCCCUCCAUGACAAACGUAUUGGAGACAGCCCUCUAGAGGGAACCAUGUUCGUGAACCAGCUGGACAGGAUUAGUGAAGAAGAAGGUGAAGUGUGGGAUUCCAGAGACUAUCGACCCUUAAUAUUUGAGAAUGCCAAUAUAACAUUUGUAAAUGAAGAUGAGGAUGAAGAGGAAGAUGUCUCAGAUGAUGAGGAAACAUCAAAAUCCUCUAUGGAUGAUAAUCUUGCAGAGGAAUCUGAAACUGCAAAAAAAUUCGUUAAGUUUCCAUCCUCUGAUGAAUCUACCUUUACCAAUAAUGAGCUAGAACUUUCUGUGCCUUAUGAACAACUGAUGAAUGAAUAUAAUACAGUAAGCAAUGUGAAGGCUGCCACGUGAAGCAUGCUGGACAAUGGUUUUCUGAAAGCAGUCAGUGCAUAUUGAACACAGAGCAAGGAGAAAAGUAUGUUUGCAGCUUCUCCUGUCUCUUUGAAAACAAAUCAAGUCCCAAACGAAGAAACUCCAGCCUCCUUUGCCAUCCUAAGUUGGCUUCUGAGCCCGUCAGCUUUGCUUUUCUGAAAGACUUGUAAAAUAACAGUUGAAUUUGGAGUCCCACUCCUUCUUUAGAUUUUAUGGUUCUUGAACAAAGUAGAAAAGACUAGUUAAUACACUGGAUCUGCUCUGAGUUCAUGCAUUUCAUUGAGGAAAUAGUUUGGGAGUGUAACUAUACUGUUGCAAGACUGUUUUGGGCAUCAAAUGUGUUCGGUUACUCCAUUAGCCUUUCACCUCUGAAAACCUGGAUUUGAAUCCUGCUUUUAUCACAAAUGUAAUCAAAGGGGUUGCCCAUUGUUACUGCCAAAAACAUGGCACUAGCACGCUGUGCUUAAGGAGAAACCAUGGAUGGAAUGCCAGGACACACAGAUCUGAGCUGAGGUGUGCUGGUAGACUGAGAAGGAAGCUUCUGAAACAUCUCUGUAGAAUACAUCAGUGCUUGUCAAAUUGCAGUGAAUUCUGAUUCCAUAAAUAAAAUACUAAAAUUAAGAGUUCCAAAGGAAUGGAUUGAGAAGGAGCCCUCUAACAAGGAGGAAUCAUCUGGGACGAAGCUCACCAGUUGGGCUGCUGAGCUGCACAUCAGCCCCAGAACUGGAAGACGUAUUGAUCAAAGUGUGUAUGAGCACAAGCAGGAUGCAAUGAACAUUUUUAGUGUUGAAAGUGUCCUUCCACUGCCCAUUUCCUAAAGGAAAUACUUGAAUGAACCUUACAUAGUAUCUGUGUACAGGUGAAGUUUUACUGACACUGACAUUGUUUUUCCUAGGAAAAAAAAAUCACCUUGGGAAGCACAGAUAUUCUCCAAAUGCCCUAAUGCCUGUCAGAAGGGACCUGUAGCACUGCUGCUGAUAUGGGCAGUGUGUUAGUCAGUAUUGUUUGAUGUUCCUCCCUGCCUUGGUACUUCAGACAUGACUUGAAUGGGAGAUGAUUUUUGAAACAGUUGAUUACACUUUCUAUAUUUUUUUGUUUCUAGAGUUUGACCUAUGUGCAUAUACAAUGGUUAUUCUAACCCACUUGAUAGAAGGUUGGGCAAACUGAGAUGUGAUCAAGUGACUUCAGGCCAUAAGGCACUUUUUUUUUAGAAGGAACUUUGGCUCUAAGCUUCUAAAAGUAUUAUCUUUUGAUUUGUAGAUGGGCUACUCACUGGAAGGAAGCAUGUGUGUUGAUAACAUGUAUGCAAAAAUUGUUUUGGCCACAAAUUUUACCAUGGUUUAUUUUUAUUUCUUUUUCUGUAUCUAUGCAUUAACCCUGACAACUCUUUCAAAUGAGGCUCUUGAUUAUAUGCUGCCAAAAGGUACUGACUUCAGUUUUUAUCCAAUAUACUUGGAACAGAAAACAGCCAAGACCUUUAAACCUUAACAGGUCGGAUUCUGCUGAUCUGUUUGAUUUUAGAGUGUUUAAGCCAUUCUGGUAUGUCCAAAAGUUUCCAAAGUUCAGUGAACAGUUAAAAGUUUUCUCAGUCUCGUUUUCAGUGUAAUGCUGGCAGACUCACUAGCUCUGUAAGAAGACCUUAUGGAACCUUGCAAUGCUAAUCUUAAAAUACUGGCUGUUUCUGAUAACUACAAAUAUUGGCUGCAGCUUCAGUUGCUGGCCUGUUCCACAGAACAGGAUAUAUGACAAGCUGGCACUCGGGUUGGAUAGCCUUUAGAUGGGAAGUUUUGAAGUUACCUACUGUGAAACAAGGGACUGUCUUUACUAUUCUGUUUCUUUCCUAGAAUUUUCCACCUAUAUGACUUUUUUUUCAAACAGAAUGUAAACACAAUGGCCAAAUUGUGGCCAACUCAUGUUCACCUCUGUUAUACUAAGCAACUGUGGAGUCAACAUAAUUUGAUUUGUAUUUAAUCUGCAAUUUAUGGUAGUAUUGUUUAAGAGAGAUUCUCAUUUGUAAUCAAAUGUUACUCUAUUUACACUAUUUGGAGCAGAGGUGGCUGGACGAAUUUGACUUGUAUCUGACAGGAAAGAGGGAGAGGCCAUAUCAAGAUGAUUCUUAUUUACUUUUAGUAAGAUACCUAAAUCCCCACUCUUCUAAAAUUACUCCAAACCCUUCAAGAUUUUGUAUCUGAAGAGUUGUGGUUGACAGCUGUACUUUAUAACCAUAAGAAGUGUUAGGUAGGAUUAUGUGCAUGUGUGCA